AUGAAAAGAAGGCUACAGGAACGGGAUUCCUCCAGGGACAAGCUGGCCAAUGAGGUGAUACCCGUAGAAUACGAAGAGGUAAUCGAGGGCAUACCCGUACAAAAGCUGGCUGUUUAUGAGUAUUUGGCAUCUGUUCGACAAGAAGCUGAAACUGUGUCCUACAUGACUCCUACUGAAGUGGCCAGUGAUAGCACCUCUGAGAAGCUUUACCAAAGUGACUCGAGCACCGAGUUCUACAUCAAUACGAAUAUAGGAAAUGUCCAGCUCGAAGAGCCCCUAGAGAAAUGGAAGAAUGUGUUUUUAAAGGACUUUCGGAGAACCAAAAGUCAGAUUGAUUCAGACUUGAGUUUGGAGCGGUCCUCACACCCUCCUUGGGAACAGCCCGAAUCUGCCAGUCUCUGGCGUAAAUACGUGAUAGACAAUCCCCCACCAGCAUUCGAAGUGAUUCAAUACCAAUUUGACCACAUCACCGCCAUGAGGCUUUUGGUUCAUUUGACGUCAUGGCUCAGUAACAAGACAAAUGACAACCUUUCCCAGUGGAUCUACUGCUUGCUUUUAAGAACUGAUAGUGUUCUUGAGUAUUCUGACUGUGCCAUUAUACGCGGACUCGGUAAAAAGGCUGUCAAGCUCUUGCAGAAGUCUGAAAAUGACGCCGCCGUAUCCUCUACAGCCAAGUACACAUUUGAGUUCAUUGUACUUCUAGUAUGCCAUUACUAUCAUCAAAAAGAUAUCAUAUAA